UGGUGGAUCUUCAUCAACCGAACGGGCUGCGGGAGGCCUUUUUUUUUUUUUUAAUCCCAACUGUGACAGCAGUUUUGCACCGCUUUCCCUGGCACCCCGGAAGCCCUCGGAGAUCCAGUUAGACAGUUGCUAAUCUCUAAUGAUCUCCCACCCUCAAAAAAAAAAACACACAAAAACUCAAAGCAAAACAAAACGAAAACAAAACAAAAAAAAGGCUCCCUCAAGGUCUCGCUUCCGGGGAGUUUGGGUUGCAGGGAAGCACCUCAAGCUGUCAGAGAAAUUGGGGCCACAGGAAGGAGGCUCCAAGCAGAGACCUUCAAAACCUCUUUGUUUAUUUAUACACUGGGGAGAUUGUAAGCUCUGAAACCCAGCCCAGGGAUGGGAGGAGCCAGUUCUGUGUCAGGAUGGAGUAGUCACUCCGCCCUGCCUGUCCUCUUCAGCCUGUCAGGAUUCUUCCUUGAUAUCUGCUCUCUUGCUACAUUCUGCAUCUCAGAUCCAGCUUUCUGUAUGGAUGUCAGCAUCUCAUAGAGGCCUCUCCUCGCUCUCCACCAGAAAGUAUGAGAGUGGUGACCUCAGCUGUCCGGUUGCCUGUCACAGCCCAGUGCGUGGCCCACAGGAGAACCAGCAGCUGAACCAAACAUGGCGACCAAGCCCACGGAUGCUUUCCAGGCUCUCAUGGCUGGGGUGACCAGCUGGAACCUCCCCAAAGGCCCGAUCCCCUGUGAGCUGCUCCUGACUGGAGAGGCCGCUUUCCCAGUGAUGGUGAAUAAGCAGGGCCAGGUGCUCCUUGCUGCCUCCUCCUAUGGUCGAGGCCGCCUGGUGGUCAUGUCCCAUGAGGGUUACCUGCUGGAUGCUGGCUUGACCCCCUUCCUCCUCAAUGCAGUGCGCUGGCUGCAGCCCUCCAUUGGGGGCCCCGUGGGUGUGCACCCCUCCCUGAAAAAUCUGGUAACCGUCCUGCAGGGUAAUGGGGUGCAGGCAGAGCUCCAGCCAGCACCCGGGGGCCCCUCAGGGCUGUACUGCCUCAGCGCCUAUGUUGACCCCAUGCCUGCAGGGCUGAUCCAGUUUUUGAAGGGAGGUGGGGGGCUUCUCAUUGGGGGCCAAGCCUGGUACUGGGCCAGUCAGCACGGGAGAGAGCAGCUGCUGACCAGCUUCCCAGGCAACCAGGUGACCUCUGUGGCCGGAGUGUACUUCACAGACACCUAUGGGGACACAAGGCAGCUGAAGGUCUCCAAGAAGGUGCCCAAGAUCCCACUUCAAGUCAGAUUUGGGCAGGAUCUCAGGAAGGACCAGCAGCAGCUCCUGGAGGGCAUCUCAGAGCUGGACAUCGCAACAGGGGGGAUCCCUUCCCGCCUGCUGGUGCAUGGCCCCCUGGCCUUCCCUCUGGGCUUUGAUAACUCCCUGGGCUGUUUCCUGGCAGCUGCCCACUAUGGCCGAGGAAGGGUGGUCGUGGCCGCCCAUGAGAACCUGCUCAAUUCUCCCAAGAUGGGGCCCUUUGUGCUCAAUGCUGUGCGUUGGUUGGCCAAAGGUCAGGAAGGCAAGAUUGGGGUGAGCAAAGAUCUCCAAGGGCUGCACACCCUGUUGUCUGGCCAUGAGCUGCCCUGCAGCCUGCAACCCCAGCUCACCCCGGAUGUGCUUGUCUACUGCUGCAAGGCCUACAGCGACAAGGAGGCCCAGCAGCUGCAGGAGUUUGUGGCUGAGGGGGGCGGCUUGCUGAUCGGGGGCCAGUCCUGGUGGUGGGCUUCCCAGCACCCUGGCCGCUCUGCUGUGGCUGGCUACCCUGGGAACAUCAUCCUCAACAAACUCGGCCUGAGCAUUCUUCCUCACUGUCUGAAGCAGGGCUGUUUCCCUGUCCCCACCCCGGACAUGCUCAGCUACCACUUCCGCAAGGCCUUGUCUCAGUUCUGGGAUCUACUGCCCCAGCGGGGUGAGAACAUGGAAAAGAACUGGCAGGCCAGUCUGGGGGCAGAUGGUGCCGGCUUCCUGCAGAUUCCUGCAGAGGGGAUCCCAGCUUACGAGUCUCUGCACAGGCUGCUGAGGAAGAUGCUGCGGGAGGUGGGCCUCCCAGCUGUGAGCAAGGAAAACCCAGUGUCCAGGGACUCCCGUGAGGCAGCCCUCCUCUGUCUGGCCACUGAGCUGGCACACGCAGGCACGGACUGCUGCAGGUUGACUCAGAGGAUGGAUAAAUGCACCUGUGACUCCUGGGGACAUCCCAUCACUGUGGAGAUCAAUGGAAAUAACCCAGGUGACAGUGACUGCUGGGUGAGUACUGGGCUCUACCUGCCAAAUGGACUGAAUGCAGAAGUCUCCCUGUCAGAAACUGCAGCCUCUGCUGGACUAAAGAUGCAGGUUGGCUGCCACACUGACAAUUUGACCAGUGCCAGCAAGCUGUCCCGAGCUCCCGUGGUGACUCACAAAUGUUGCAUGGACAAGACCCAGAAGUCAAUCACCAGCCUCUGGGGUGGCCUGCUCUAUGUCAUCCUGCCCAAGGGCAGUCAACUGGGUCCCCUAUCCAUCACCAUCAAGAGAGCUGUGCCUGCCCCAUACUUUAAACUGGGUAAGACGUCCCUGGAGGAGUGGAGGCACAAGGUCAAGGAGAGCCAGGCCCCCUGGGGAGAACUGGCCACUGACAACAUCAUCUUGACAAUGCCAAGUGCAGACCUCCGGAAGCUGGGGGACCCGCAGCCCGUCCUGCAUCUCUGGGAUGAGAUGAUGGAGGCCAUAUCCAGACUGGCUGCCCAGCCGUUCCCUUUCCACCGGCCAGAGAGGAUCGUAGCUGACGUUCAGAUUUCAGCAGGCUGGAUGCACUCAGGCUACCCCAUCAUGUGCCACCUGCAGUCAGUUCAGGAACUCAUCAAUGAGACAGACAUGAGACACAAAGGUCUGUGGGGAGCCAUCCAUGAGCUCGGCCACAACCAGCAGAGGCACGGCUGGGAGUUCCCUCCUCACACCACUGAGGCCACCUGCAACCUCUGGUCAGUCUACGUGCAUGAGACGGUGCUGGGCAUCCCCAGAGCUCGCGCCCACCCAGCUCUGAACCCAGCAGAGCGGGAGAAGAGAGUAAAAACACACCUGGACAAGGGAGCGCCCCUGCGUAACUGGGAAAUGUGGACGGCUCUGGAAACCUACCUGCAGCUCCAGGAGGCCUUUGGGUGGGACCCCUUCACCCAGCUUUUUGCUGACUAUCAGACUUUCUCUAAAGUUCCCAAAGACAAUGCUGAUAAGAUGAAUCUGUGGUUGAGGAAGUUCUCUGAAAAGGUGCAGAAGAAUCUGGUGCCUUUUUUUGAGGCCUGGGGCUGGCCUAUCCACAAGGAAGUGGCUGCGUAUCUGGCCUCCCUGCCAGAGUGGCAGGGAAACCCCAUGCAGAAGUACACCAGUGCCAAGAAGUAGAAGUGUAUCAAGUUGGGAGAAAAAGAACGGUCAUUAGCCAGCUCUGCCAUGCCUGUUACUCACCUUGAAUUAUGAAGCCUGAAUUCUGCUUUCUGACCUGCCUUUGGAAGGCAGUGAACGCCACUAGAAAAAAAGAAAAGAGAAGAAACUGAGGUCACAAAAUGAACUGAAAUCCACAAUCUCAGGAAGUGAUCUUGGUUUCACUUCUUAUUAUCUUACUCUCACCACCAAGAGAUUUGCUUCACAUUCUGGGUCUUCCAAAAGGGGAUAUUUCAACAUUUCACACACAACCACACAAUCUUUUUGUGUGACUAAAGCAGCAGUGAUUGAACGUGAACAUUCUAACCCAAGUUUCCACCAGAGGGGGAAGAGAAUGCUUCAGAAAUGAGCACUUUAAUGUUCACUAUUAAAAUUAUCCAACAAAGAGACGGUUGCAGUACUUAGAAGUGAAGGCUGGGCUUACCAGACGUAAAUGCAGGAUCUCUGUGCUGUUACACUUUGGAAACCACUGCAGCUCUAAAGAUUCUACUUUUUAAAAAGAAAUGCCUUUGUUCUAGAUAGAGACUGGUUUACUCUUUGAAAGUUACUUUUGGGUUCACUCUGAUGUGGCAUAUAGAGACUUGAAACCCAUGAGUUUACAAAAAACAAGAAGUCAAAUUGUCUCUCAGACUUUCUGUGACCUCUACGAUGGUUAUCACUGGUGGGGGUGGGAUUGGGAACAUCCAAAUUUGGUGGUGGGAGUGAUGUGGAACUAUAUACUGUUGUGAUUUUAUCAUCUUGUAAACCACCAUUAAAUUAAGUGUUGUAGGAAAGGAAAGUGAUUGCCUUGGGGACAUAAGAGAUAUGAGGGAUAUCACACCAGACAGAGAACAUGCCUUGCCAUGUAAGCAGCCCAGGUUUAAGCAAUAGUACUCUGUAAAUUUACUAUGUUACUAUAUGUAAAUUACCCUGGACUAGGA